AAGCCCCCCAAAAGAAGUUGCAAUAUAUGUAAGUUUCUACUGAAGGCCUCCCCUCCCAGACGACCUAACUAUUUCUUAUCUUGUUAUCCAUACACCACGAGGACACCCAAACAAUGUCAAUGGCGAUUACAACGGCAACGGCAACUGCAAAUGGCCGAUGGAGCUUUACAACGUUGAGGUCAGCGCUACCGUCUGUGGGAUCAGAAAUUUGUACUCGGACUCGCGUUAGCUUUCCGUUGUCCAAUGCUCGAGUCAGUCGCAGAACCUGCAGCAAACCAAUCGCCUCCUUUUCGGGUUUAUGCCCCUUAAACCCACUCAUUUCUACUGGCUCAGCAGAUUACAAUGGCUUUGAACAUAACUUCGAAAUUGUUGAUAAUGGUUACCGAGUUUUUGCCAUGAGACAUGGCAAGCGGGUACCUAAGCUAAAUAGGCCUCCUGACCAACGACGGGCACUAUUGCGAGGGCUCACCACCCAACUCCUUAAGCAUGGUCGGAUCAAAACCACCAGAACAAGAGCAAGUGCUAUGCGUAAGUAUGUUGACAAAAUGAUUACAUUGGCAAAGGAUGGUUCCUUGCAUAAAAGGAGACAAGCUUUAGGCUUCAUCUACGAAAAGCAGAUUGUUCAUGCAUUAUUUGCAGAAGUCCAAGAUAGGUAUGGGGAGAGAAACGGUGGAUAUACCAGAAUUAUAAGAACUCUGCCUAGGCGAGGGGACAACGCGCCUAUGGCAUACAUUGAACUUGUCUGAAUAUUGGCCAGUUAUUUUUGUAUCGGCGGAGUCAACCAAUUCUAGUAAUGGUGUGGAGAUUUAAUUCUUUUUGAGAGGUUGCCACAUGUAUGAUUAUAAACCUUGUAUUAAUAUUUGCAUACAUAUACAUACAUGAUGGACAUAAAUAUUUUAAGUAAAUUUGAUCUACAUUAUGUGGGGUUUAGCUUUUCUUCCCAAACUAAUAUACAUCAGUGGUCGGCUUGGAGGCUCGAGUGACCUUCUGCAUUUUAACCU